ACAGGCGGAUGUAACUGCGGUGAAUAACGGAGCUGUCCUGCCGGUCUCCCCGGUCCUCCCCCCCGUCUGAGCCCUCUUGGUUUCGUCCAAACUUGGUUCAGAUUUGAGUUCGUUAGCUGUGCUAUCCGGGAGCGCUGCAUAGGAGGAGAAGGACCGCCAGUCCCCUCUUUGCUGCUGCUGCCAAUGGCUCUCGGGACCUGUUUUAUCUGAGUGUCUGGGACUCUGAAGCACCAAUAAUGGAUAUUCUAUGGAUAUUAUGGACCAUACCGGCCGUAAUAGCUGUGGAAGAGACACUCAUGGACUCCACCACAGCCACGGCUGAGCUCGGCUGGACGGUCUACCCGGUGUCGGGGUCCAGUGACAACAGCUGGGAGGAGGUGAGUGGGUACGACGAAACCAUGAACACCAUCAGGACCUAUCAGGUGUGUAAUGUUUUCGACAGCAACCAGAACAACUGGGUACGGACAAAAUACAUCCGGCGCCGUGGUGCGCAGAGGAUCCAUGUGGAGAUGAAGUUCUCAGUAAGGGACUGCAGUAGCAUCCCGAACGUGCCAGGUUCCUGCAAAGAAACCUUUAAUCUGUAUUACUAUGAAUCAGACUCCGACACAGCCACCAGAACAUCUCCUCCGUGGAUGGAGAACCCCUGGAUUAAGGUGGACACCAUUGCAGCAGAUGAGAGCUUCUCCCAGGUGGACCUCGGCGGCAGAGUGAUGAAGAUCAACACGGAGGUCAGAAGCUUUGGCCCUGUGUCCAAAAACGGCUUCUAUUUAGCCUUUCAGGACUAUGGGGGCUGCAUGUCUCUCAUCGCAGUGCGAGUCUUUUACCGGAAGUGUCCUCGAAUCAUCACUAAUGGAGCGUUGUUCCAGGAGACACUUUCAGGAGCAGAGAGCACCUCGCUGGUAGCGGCGAGGGGUGUUUGUAUCCCGAAUGCAGAGGAGGUGGAUGUGCCCAUUAAGCUUUACUGCAACGGAGAGGGAGAAUGGAUGGUUCCCAUUGGGCGUUGCAUGUGCAAACCUGGGAACGAGGCUGUGGAGAAUGGAACUGUUUGCCGAGCCUGUCCGUCAGGAUUUUUCAAGUCAACCCAGGGAGAUGAGUCCUGUUUGCAGUGUCCCAUUAACAGCCGCACCACCAGCGAAGGCGCCAUGAACUGCAUUUGCCGCAAUGGAUACUAUCGCACCGACUCUGAUCCUCUCCAGAUGCCGUGCACAACUGUCCCCUCGGCUCCCCAAGCUGUCAUCUCAAGUGUGAAUGAAACCUCCGUGAUGCUGGAGUGGUUCUCUCCUCGAGACUCAGGGGGCCGUGAGGAUGUGGUCUACAACAUCAUCUGCAAGAGCUGCGGUGGAGGUCGCGGAGGGUGCACCCGCUGUGGCGACAACGUUCAGUUUUUACCCCGUCAGCUCGGCCUGACAGAAACUCGGGUCUAUAUUAGUGACCUGUUGGCCCACACGCAGUACACGUUUGAGGUGCAGGCUGUCAACGGGGUGUCAGAUCAGAGCCCCUACUCUCCUCAGUACGCCUCGGUCAACAUUACCACUAACCAGGCUGCUCCAUCCACAGUAUCCAUCAUGCACCAGGUCAGUCGCACCGUGGACAGCAUCACCCUCUCCUGGUCCCAGCCAGACCAGCCUAAUGGAGUCAUCUUAGACUAUGAACUACAGUAUUAUGAAAAGGACCAAACAGAGUACAACUCCAGCACCAUCAGAAGCCAGACCAACACAGCCGUUGUCCGCGGCCUCAAGCCAGGAGGCAUCUAUGUAUUCCAGGUCCGGGCCCGCACUGUAGCUGGGUUUGGACGCUACAGUGGCAAGCUGUACUUCCAGACCAUGACGGAGGAGGAAUACAACACAAGCAUUCAGGAGAAACUGCCUCUCAUCAUUGGCUCAGCAGCAGCUGGGCUGGUGUUCCUCGUUGCUGUGGUUGUAAUCAUCAUCGUUUGCAACCGGAGGCGUGGCUUUGAGCGUGGUGAUUCAGAAUAUACAGACAAACUGCAGCACUACACCAGUGGCCACAUGUCUCCAGGAAUGAAGAUCUACAUUGAUCCGUUCACAUAUGAGGACCCAAAUGAGGCUGUGAGGGAGUUCGCCAAGGAGAUCGACAUAUCCUGCGUGAAGAUUGAGCAGGUCAUCGGCGCAGGAGAGUUUGGGGAAGUGUGCAGUGGGAACCUAAAGCUUCCGGGGAAACGGGAGAUGUUCGUGGCCAUAAAAACUCUGAAGUCGGGCUACACUGAAAAACAAAGGCGGGACUUCCUGAGUGAGGCAAGCAUCAUGGGCCAGUUUGACCAUCCUAACGUCAUUCAUCUGGAAGGUGUGGUCACCAAGAGCAGUCCUGUGAUGAUCAUCACCGAGUUCAUGGAGAACGGAUCUCUCGAUACCUUCCUCAGGCAAAACGACGGUCAGUUCACCGUCAUCCAGCUCGUUGGAAUGCUGCGUGGCAUCGCUUCAGGCAUGAAGUACCUUGCCGACAUGAAUUAUGUACACCGUGACCUCGCUGCUCGAAACAUCCUGGUUAACAGCAACCUCGUCUGCAAAGUAUCAGACUUUGGACUCUCGCGCUUUCUGGAGGACGAUACAUCAGAUCCUACGUACACUAGCGCUCUGGGAGGUAAGAUCCCUAUCCGAUGGACUGCACCUGAAGCAAUCCAGUACAGGAAGUUCACCUCAGCUAGUGAUGUAUGGAGCUACGGGAUUGUCAUGUGGGAAGUCAUGUCGUACGGAGAGAGGCCUUACUGGGACAUGACCAACCAAGACGUCAUCAACGCCAUAGAGCAGGACUACCGGCUGCCUCCACCCAUGGACUGUCCCAGUGCGUUGCAUCAGCUGAUGCUGGACUGCUGGCAGAAAGACCGCAACAACCGGCCCAAGUACAGCCAGAUAGUCAACAACCUCGACAAGAUGAUCCGCAACCCCAACACAUUAAAAGCUAUGACUCCUUUAUCUUCAGGUGUCCAUCUCCCUCUUUUGGACCGCAGCAUUCCAGACUUCUCCACCUUCAGCAGUGUGGACGAGUGGCUGGAUGCCAUCAAGAUGGGCCAGUACAAAGAAAACUUUGCCAAUUCAAACUUCUCCACAUUUGAUGUGGUGUCUCAGAUGACCAUGGAUGACAUCCUGGGGGUCGGUGUGACUUUAGCAGGCCAUCAAAAGAAGAUCCUGAACAGCGUCCAGAUGAUGCGGGCACAGUUGAACCAGAUCCAGUCAGUGGAGGUUUGACCCUCCAGAGAGGAGCAGAGGGGGGAAAGGCUUUUUGGAAGACACGGCUCUGGAUGCGGUGGACGGAGUGGAUGUUUGGCUUUUUUCCUUUCUUUUUUCUUUUGAGUGGCAAUGUGUCUGGUUUUCCCACCAGGCUUCCAUCGAGCCCCCGUUCCUACUCUUCUCAUCUUCUCCCCUCACCCUGACUCAGAUCAGCUGUGGCGAGCGGCGACAACAUGAGUCGGAGUGACGAAGAGUCCGGGCGGGACCCCAGCCCCGCCCACCUUUAGAUCCAGAAUAAUGGGAGGUUAGACAUGACCAGCAACCCAAUUCUCAAUUUUCCACCAACUUUUAUUUGUUUUUCAGCAUUUAUUCAACUUUUUUGUUUUGUUUUGUUGGUUAUGAGGAUUUUGUAAAGAUUUUUUAAAGAAGAGAGAAAAACUGAUAAGAAAAAAAUGAGUUUAUCUAAAUUUAUAGAUAAAUAUAAGGUUGAACACUAGAUGAACUGAGUAGGGAAGCUACCCUUUAAAAGGGCAACAGAAGAAGAAGAAGAAGAAGGAAGGGUUGGGGAGAAAAUCCUCAGCAAGUUGUGAAUAUUAUUUUUAUUUUUCGGACAUUGUGUGGAAACACAGAAGUCUCUGUGGCCUUCUGUAGGACUAACUGGGGGAACUGGGAACUUGGCGAGCACGUCCCACUGGCUCCACUGGUGUUAUUAUAAUAGAAACAAAAAUAAAGGAUGGAAUGGGACAACCUGUGGCCACAAUCAAUCAGAUGGACAAUUCAUGCAGUGAAAUCGGCUCUGAAGAAAAAAAAAUAACAUUUUUUUCUCACUGCAAGAAAUUUUCUUUAUUGUUGAAAUUUUGUGAUGAAGAUUCCUUCCUACCAUGCUUCCUUACACUGAAGACUAGGACUUUGAUUUGAUUUUGUUUCUUUCACAGUGAAAUAUUCAGUCUGGCCCAUAGAAGUCUUUCCCGUGGCCCUGUAGACACGAUCCUGUACUGUACAUAUCAGAUGCACUUGACCUGCCACACAGCGAUGACUCAGAGACGGUUGUUCUGUUCGCUUGGUUCAGGAGCAGAACCGACUACAUGGAAGAUUUACGAAGGUGUCACCUUUAGCUGCGUUUGUUGUUUUUCUUUAGUGUGUGAGGAAAAUUUUGUGUAAAAAAAAAAGACAAAUGAAACAAAAACAGCAAACAGACACCCGCAGAGAUUUUUACAGAAUAAAAAACAUGCAGUUUACUACAUCCACCUCUACGUGCACUAGAGGCAACUCAUUACAGUAUCCUCCCUCGUACUUUUCUAUUCAGCCUGUCUGUGCACACUUGCACAUGUUGCAUACAGGCACAAAGCAGCAGUUGCUCCCGAAGUGUCAGAACUGAUGUUUGAUGGCAUGCCGAGAGAGUGGUUAGUGACACAAAGCUUUGAUUUGCUGCAGUGACUCAAAUUCUUUUUGCUGAUAGCGUGGAUUUGAAACACAUGCGUUAUAAACUCAGUCUUCUUCCAGUUUUCCCUUAGAAAACCAUAUUUAUGUUUGUUUCUACACCACAACGAUGGUCUUUACAUUCACACAUACAGUAAUCAUGCGGUCAACCUGCACUCAGUGUUUGUGUGUUUAUUAUAGACAUGUUUGUAUGGAUGUUAUUCAAUUGUUAUUAUUUUCAAAGUUUCUUUCUGCACUGGUCUGAUUUCCAGUGGCGUGUCCAGAAAUUUUUGUAGGGGUGGCCAGGUGGGGCUGGUGAAAAUUGUGGGGUGGCACACCCAAUUCGUCCUUUAUUUGUUUAAAUGAAAAAUCAAUAUGCAUCUAACACAUUUACCUUGCUGGCGGUGGUCGGUGGAACCGGUGGCGCCGGCGUUGGUCAGCCUCGCCUCCGUCAGCGAGUCCCAGGGCAGCUGUGGUUACAAUGUAGUUCAUCACCUCUAGUGUGUGAAUGUGUGUGAAUGACUGGUUAUGUUGUAAUGCGCCUUGGGAGGUAGUAGGAUCCUAGAGGUCGCUCUACAAAUACAGGUUAUUUACCUUUUUUUUACCUUAAAUUUGAGAAACAAACAUUUCAGGAAAAAUACAUAAUUUCAAAACAGAUUUAUUGAUUCAAAUGUAUUCUUUCAGAUCUUUAGAAAUGUUUAUUUUGCCUAUUGAUGUCCCAACAAAUUCAUCCACAAAAACUAUUGAGAUUGACUUUUGUUUUUGAAUAUUGUGAGUAGGGUUGUCACGGUAUGAAAAUUUAACCUCACGGUUAUUGUGACCAAAAUUAUCACGGUUUUCGGUAUUAUCGCGGUAUUUUUUAAACGGUGUUGCAUAUGUUCAGAAAGCAUUGAUAGUCCUGUUCUACACAAACUGAAAUAGUUCUGAAAAGGUUUAACAGUGUUUAUUAAACCUAAAAUAACACAAAGCCUUAGCAAAAGUGCAACUUUUCACAAGUAAAGGAACAAAUAGCUUCUUUUUCUGGAACAUGUUACAGUAGUCAGUGCAGGUAUAAAUUAUACAAAUCCAAACAUUCAAAACAUAAACAAUAUGUAAACAAAUCAAAGAAACACCACUUGUUUUCUCAUAUACUUGUUUUCUUCAUUAUCAAAAUGAAAAUCUAAAACUCCAGUCCACACUUGACUUGAGCUCUGUACAAGUCAACCUUAAAAAAAUAUGCAUUUAAAAUAAAUAGCCACUUUAAACAAAUUACUAAAAUAACUACUACACUAUGUAAUCAAAUCCAAAUGUUCAAGUAUAAAUGGCAUUGAAUAAGUAAACAAAUCAAUGACAAGGAACUAAUUGUAUAUUUCUCUUCAUCAUCAACAAAUAAGAUGCUUCAUCCAGCAACAGGGUGUCCGUGACACGGUUUAAAUGCUGGCAGAGGACGCUGCGGCUGCAGUAUAUAGUGACUCGUUGCAUUCUCCCUCAGCCAAAAGUCCUCACGUCAUGCAUUUAAGCUAAAAUGCUAAUGUUAACUUACCUUGCACUGGCUGUAGAGACGUGGGUGAUCGUCACGCAGAUGUGCCAUUAGAUUCGAAGUGUUGCUGCCUUUUGCAGACACUUGCUUCCUGCACGUUCUGCAAACGGGAUAGCAGUCUUCUAUUAACUGUCCCUCAGCAUUUUUCAGAAAUCCAAAAUAUGCCCAUACUUCCGAUUUAGUCUUCUUUGAGGGCUGAUGGAUGUCCUGGGCGCUGCCGUCUCCUCCUUCGGCCAUUAUUUCAGCUUCAAAGUUUUGGUGCCGUUGCAAACUAAAAAGUGCGUGUGCGCGCCGCGGGAACUUCAGCUGAAGCGACGGUGGCUGGUAAGGGUCAUCGCGCCGAAACCGCGGCCACGGUAAACCCACCGAGAUAAUAUAGUUUUUUAAAAACUGGACGGUUAUUUUUAUUGUCAACUUUUUUACCGGGGUUUACCGCUAUACCGGUUACCGUGACAACCCUAAUUGUGAGCCUCAGCGAAAUAUUUAAAUUCUGAUUUAUUUGCUUAAUAAUUAUAAAUGUUUCUACUGGCUUUAAAUUAAUGUUUUGAUUAUAGUAGAUGCAUUUAUAGUUUGCUUGAACAUGCAUAUGAUUUAGUAAAGAGGGAGGAUGUCUUUCCUGGGGGUUCAUUGGGGUGGCCAGGCACCCCCCAGCCACCUCAUGGGGUGCCACUGCUGAUUUCAGCCAACUUUCUGGAUCUUCCAUCAUUAAUUUGAAUUUAUUUUUGAAAGAAAAUUGAAGUUGGUGCACCAAAUCAUGUAGAUAAACAUGUUGUAACAGGUUUCAUUCUCUGUUCUCUCUUUGCUUGUGAGCGCUUCUGUCUCACGAGUACAGAGCUGUCAGUUUGUGUCGUCUCCAGUAACCCGUUGUGAGCCUCGUCGGUAGAAAACGUGGAGUCUAGCACUGCCUAGCUAUUCUCCAGAGACAGUGAGUCAGGCGAGGUUUUAUGCACACAGCCAACAAAUAAUAGUCAGCAAUGCAGAAAUCCCCACUUGGCUCCGCGCUGAGACCUGACAGUCAGACAUGGACGCCCAGCUGUGAGCCAUCGGUCUGAUGUGUCUGGUCACAGCGGGACGGCUGCACCCAGAUCACAGCCGUUGGGUCCAGGCACCUAUUCAUCUCAGUCCUCCUGAUAACACACAUUCCUGUCGACCACCUGUCAGAUGCUUCCUCUGGUCUCCUCGCAGUCGGCUUUCACCAGUUGUCCGGUUUCGUCUCGGCGUGUUUAAAAGCCCCAACAGCAGGACAGCGGUGUCUCGUCUUCUCCCGACGCUCCCGCCGCCGAGAUUCCUCCAGGCUAGAUAAUGCUUCCAUGUUUGCUUAAACCAAAUUCCCCAAAUCUCUCCCUUUAUCACACCCAGCUGUCGAUACACCAAGUCUUUUUUUCUCUGCAAUUACCUGCUUGAUCAUUUCCAUCUUCGGUGUGACACUUCCCAACCGAAAUCUCCAUUUUUAUCCGGUCCCUGGUGGAGAAUCAUGAGCCGUUCAGCCAAAUUAGGAAAUUAUGCUAUGGCUUGCCACCGAUGUUUUGGUUUUUACCGACCUUUACCUCAUCUUCCCCUUCCAUUUCUCCAUUGCUAACAGCUCAUCUCUUGUCUCUGAAGGCAGUAUGUCUUCCCGUGGAACAGGAAAUACUUUGCUGUCAAGAAAAGCACUUAAUGUGUGAGGAAUUAAUCUCAAGUAUGCACAAGGCUGGUGAGGUGUUUCUCUGCUCCGGGGCCAUUACGGCUCAUUCCGAUGCUUGUCCAUGGAUGCUGCCAGGACUUUGAGUUAUUAAUCAAGCAAUUAUCCUUGACAUUUACUUUGAGGAAUUACCUUCAACAGGGUGUAGGAGCUGAGCAUGGCUGAAAUGUAUUUUAUCUUUUGCUGCAAAGCAAAUACGUUUGGUCAUUUGCUUGGUCUCCGUGAGCUCUAAUGGAGUAUUAAAUAGUUUAGAAGGGUUAUUUUUAGCAUUGGAUGAUUCGCAGCUGCACAGGAGAGAGUUACUGUUGCAGUCCAGGUCUGAAACAUGACACAUGGACCUUUAUUAGUCAUUUAAACUAAAGAUGCAUUCAUUAUUAUUUGAGUCCUAACUGAAAAAGACUGAAGAUUUCAUUUCAGGGUAAAAUUGUUGUCCCGUACAGUUGGACAUGUCUGAAGUUCGUGUCUGAUGGGAGGUAAAUAAUUAGUAAAUAUAAUUAGAGGAUGCACUGGCGUGCUUUGUUUCAUCUGCUCUCCAAUUCCCUUUAAAGCAGUUUUUCCUGCUGCAAACCUUCCACAAACCGUAUUCUUCUAAAGUUUAACAGUUCCAAAGUUAAACAAAAAUCUACAAUUUGUCCCCUGCAGAGAAAAAAGAACACAUUGUGAUGCCAGUGAUGGUUUUACACACUUGCCAAUUGCAUAUUUUAGUGACACAACAUGUUACUUUCUCCUGUUGCAUCUGUGUUCCAUCUAUUCACCUCCCCAACCUCCCACCCCCCCUAUAGUGUGCCAAUUUCUGAGAGGACAGAAGGAAACGGUUAAGCCUCGGUGCUACAGUUGCAUGAUGGUUUGCAUACAUACAAACUCUGCCAGGCGAUGUCCACUGGGCUGCAUCUGAACACCACCUAACUACAUCAGGGUCAGAGCAAGACGUCUGUCUCCUGUUGCAGUGGAUGGAAAAUGGCUCCUGUUGAACAGCUGCAGCAGGAAGCACCAGGGCACCCUCUACUGACAGAUCUUUGGUCUUGUUGAGUCUGAACACUGCAGCAGGCAGACCUCCAGUGUUUUGGAGACUGCAGCAAGCUGCUGAUGGACAAAUACUGGCUGCUGGUGCUAAGAGCAAGUACUUUUCCCUCACUUGGAUUAACAUUCAUGCCACUACAGUGUCCUGUUCUCUUGAGUGAUUGUGUGUUCCCCUCCGUUGCCCCCACCCUCCACAGCUCUGGGUUAGGACAGUCGGUGUUCCUCUGCUCUGCUAAAGCCCACUCGAUAGGCCAGUGCCGGUUCAGACCACUGUGACUGAUGUGGGAGAUCCUGUAUUUCUGUAUAAAUGUACAUUGACUGUAUCCCUGUGAAUGAUGUAACAAUUUCAUUAUUUGUAAUAUUGUCGUUUUUAUUUUCUAAAAAUGGAAAACCCAACUUGACUCUCCUCAAUAAAAAAAGCAGAUCUGUUAUAAAAACAA